UUUUCAGUAACAUUUGUUAAUAUACAGUUGUUUAUGACAACUAAUUAAUGAUUAAUGAUUUAUUAGUUGGUCUAUUUUGUCGUUUAAAGAAAGAAGGUAAAAUAUUGGACCGAGCGGCGAGCAGUAAUAAAAAAUCUGUUCCGCAAUAAACAAAUUAGUUUCUCUCUCUACAUCCACUCUUUCGACUUCCGAUCCAGAGAGAGAAAUUCAUUGACCUGCCAUUAACGGCGAAUUCGAGAGCGAUAAUAUAUUUGUCGAUAGUAAUUUUUAGCAAUAUAUAUAUAUAUAUAUAUAUUAUACGUAAAUCGGGGGAAGCAAUCGGGAACCCUAGGGUUGGUGGAUUGGACGGGAAUUUUUUUUUCGGUGGGGAGGUAAAAUUUUCCAAUGCUGCGGUGUUCGCCGCUGGGAAGGAAAUCAGCGUGGUUGAAUAGCCGCGGUGGCGGAUCUGAUGGUGAAGAGCGCGUUGUUAAUUUUGGAGAAUCAGUUGGACACGUUUGUUUUGAAUAGUUUUAGGAUUGACAAUCUCGUCUGCGGCGGCGGCGGCGGUGAUGGUGCCGGUGCUGAUUUAUUGAUUUGUAGGAGGGUAAAAGUUGGAAAUAGGAGGAUAGUGGUGGAGAGGCGAGGCGGCGGAGGAAGAUGCAGCUGCAUUUCUCACCUAGCAUGAGAAGUAUAACGAUAUCGUCGAGCAGCAAUGGACUAAAUGGCAAUGGGGGCGGAGAUUUGAUGAAGAUCAAGGUCGCACCCCGCCACAUUUCGUACCGCACGCUGUUCCACACCAUCCUGAUUCUUGCGUUUUUGUUGCCGUUUGUGUUCAUUCUCACCGCCCUUGUCACCCUUGAAGGUGUCAACAAGUGCUCUUCGAUUGAUUGUUUAGGACGACGGUUGGGGCCAAAGCUUCUCGGUAGAAAUACUGAUUCUGGGAGGGUGCUCAAGGACUUUGUUAAGAUCCUGAAUCAAGUGAACACUGAGAAAGUCCCUGAUGGUUUGAAGCUCCCAGACUCUUUUAGUCAGCUUGUUUCUGAAAUGAAAACCAACAAGUAUAGUUCGAAGGAGUUUGCAUUGAUUUUGAAAGGAAUGAUGGAGAGGUCUGAAAGGGAAAUCAGGGAGUCCAAGUUCGCUGAGCUAAUGAAUAAACAUUUUGCAGCCAGUGCUGUUCCCAAGGGCAUUCACUGCCUUUCAUUGAGGCUGACAGAUGAAUAUUCUUCCAACGCUCAUGCACGCAAGCAGUUACCUUCUCCAGAGUUGCUUCCUUUGCUUUCUGAUAACUCUUACCAUCACUUUGUAGUGUCAACAGACAAUAUUCUAGCUGCUGCUGUUGUAGUUGCUUCUGCUGUCCAGUCAUCUGCAAACCCUGCAAAGAUUGUUUUCCAUGUCAUAACUGACAAGAAAACUUAUGCAGGCAUGCACUCAUGGUUUGCACUGAACCCUGUCCCUCCUGCUAUAGUUGAAGUAAAAGGUGUACAUCAAUUUGAUUGGUUAACAAGAGAGAAUGUUCCAGUUCUUGAGGCUGUGGAGAAACACUUCGGAAUUAGGAAUUAUUACCAUGGAAAUCACAUUGCUGGAGCCAAUCUUAGCGAUACAACUCCGCGGACAUUUGCCUCCAAAUUACAGGCCCGAAGUCCGAAGUAUAUCUCAUUGCUCAACCACCUUCGUAUAUAUCUUCCAGAGCUAUUCCCGAACCUUGACAAGGUGGUUUUCCUAGAUGAUGAUGUUGUGAUUCAACGAGAUUUAUCUCCUCUCUGGAAAAUUGAUCUCAAUGGAAAAGUUAAUGGAGCUGUUGAAACAUGUAAAGGUGAAGACAAGUGGGUUAUGUCUAAGAGAUUUAGGAACUAUUUCAACUUCUCACAUCCACUCAUAGCAAAUAACUUGAAUGCUGAAGAUUGUGCAUGGGCUUAUGGGAUGAAUAUCUUUGACUUAAGUGCAUGGAGAAAGACGAAUAUUAGAGAUGCUUAUCACAUCUGGCUUAAGGAGAAUCUGAAAUCGAACCUCACCUUAUGGAAACUCGGAACUCUCCCUCCAGCUUUGAUUGCAUUUAGGGGUCACGUUCACCCAAUCGACCCCUCCUGGCACAUGCUUGGGUUGGGCUAUCAGAACAACACCAACAUCGAAAAUGUGAAAAAGGCAGCGGUGAUUCACUACAACGGCCAGUCAAAACCAUGGCUUGAGAUCGGAUUCGAGCAUCUCCGCCCAUUUUGGACAAAAUACGUAAACUACUCUAGUGAUUUUAUAAGGAAUUGCCACAUCUUGCAGUAGUAACGAACCCAACACCACUCGUAAUACACUAAUGAGGUGACGGGACAAAAGAAUGAAGCAUUAUAAAUAUUCUCGAAGCAUCUUUUGCGGAGGUAAUAUUUUUUUUCGAUUUCUGAUUGAAGUGGGAAACUGAGGAUACGAGAGGGAUCUUAAAAACAUGUGAAAUCUGGAUUCGAUUUGCUGGAAGAAGAGUUCAGUCUGUAAAGUUUGAUUUGUUUUUCGUAUGUUUUUGGUUGGAUGAAGGACAUUAAAUUUUUUGACCUCCAUGAUGGGAUUGCACUGAAAACGCAUACCGGGUUCGUUAAAGGCAGAGAUAGAACGAGGCUCCCACUGUGGCCCCAUUGGCUGUAGAGAUGAUUCUUUUCCGUUUAUUUCGUUUUUUUCAAUUUUAAAUUCAGAUUUUUGUUGCUGAUUUCUCCCAUUUAUUUUCGAUUUGGCUGAUAAAAUAUUUUGAUUGUGAUUCUAGUGUCGGUAGAUUUGGAGGUUGGUUACAAGGACAUGGUUGAGUUAGGGGAAAACACACCAUAGCUAUAGGCUAUGUGGUCAGGUAUUUAUUUAUUUUGUAUGAUUCAUGCGGAACAUUCUAGAUGGUGCAAUUUAUUCUUUCAUCUUAUCUACUAUUUUGACGUC